UUACAUACAUGUACACCGCCUACGUCUGCACGAAGUUUAAUUGAUGUGUCUGUCAUCACUUCCCCAACUUGUUUCCAGUCGAUGGCUUGUUUUUACCGAUAAACUGAUUUGUUGAAAAUCAUUAUUGAAAAAGAUGUCGCUUUGCAACAGUUCGGCGUCACCCCACCCACGUGACGGACCGUGGGCGUGGUUUGUGUGUUUCGCUACCAUGAUGAUCAAUUGUCUACUGUUCGGGUAUCUGCUAAGUUUUGGUGUUUUGUUACCCGUGCUCAGUGAUCAUUUUGGAGCGAGCAGGGGUACCACAGCUUGGAUCGGUUCUAUGCAAGUCGGUUUUGCUUUCCUCUGUGGUCCUUUGGUGGUAAAGAUUAUAGAACAUUUCGGCGAGCGAACUGUUAUGAUUUGCAGCGGUCUAUGCAAUGCUGCUUUCUUGAUUGUCAGCUCCUAUGUCGAGAAUAUCUACAUCCUCUACUUCUCGCACGGAAUGCUUCUUGGCUUGAGCUCCUGUUUCUGCAUAAACACCUUCAUGAUUAUCCUAAGGAAAUACUUCAGGAAGAAUCUUUCAAUAGCGAUAGGAAUCACCACGUCUGGUUCCAGUCUCGGAGUCCUUGUUUUAGGGCCUGUCUUACAAGUCUUGAUUGACAGUUUUGGUUGGAGAGGCACCUUACGAAUCAUGACUAGUGUCAUGUUUCUCAUAAGUGCGCUAGGUGUCUCCUUUGAUCCGAAUGUAGAGGUAGACGCGCCAGACAAAAAGUUUGCUACUCGUGAUAUAGAGAUUAAUGGACGAAAGUCGAGGUACUCGGGGAUAAUAGAUUGUUCUGUGUGGAGAAGUACGAAGUAUAUCGUUGGUUCGAUCUCAGUAUUUUUGACGUUUUUUGGACUUUAUGUUCCAACGAUUCACCUGGUUCGUUUUGCAAAAGAGAAUGGAAUACCUGGAUCCAAGGCUUCUCUCCUUUUCAUUUACAUCGGAGUGUGUUCGACUAUUAUUCGCGUCGUCAUCGGCAAAGCCCUGGACAAAGGAUGGCUUAGUUCCCUUCACGCUCUUCAACUGUCUUCGUUCGUUGUCGGAAUUGCUUUAAUACUAUUGACUCAAGCUAAAAUCUAUACUCAUUUCAUCGUGUUUUCUAUAUUCUUUGGAUUUGGCAAUGGUGCCUUUGUAACAACUCAAUGUGUCUUCUUUUUAACUUGUUUUACUGAUUUAAGGAAAGCUUCUGCGAGUUUUAGCAUUGGAAUKAUGACGUCAUCCAUCGCUCUGUUCUCCGGAGCCCCAACUGCAGGAUUUAUCGCAGAUUGCUUCCAGUCAUAUAUUCCCGCCUUCUUCAUUACUGGUGGUAUUGUGAUAUUUGCUGGUGUAUUGCCAUUCUUCCUUCGAAACGAGGACAAAUCGAUUGAACCAGCAACUGAAGUUAGAUCAAAACUAAUUGGAUCAAGACUGGCAAAUGCAGACUCGUUGCUAGAAAUCGUGGAGCAUUUUGUAAUGGGUUGUUCUCUCUUCCGCACUGGAGGUGCACCACACAAGCAGGACGGACCAUGGGCAUGGGUAAUAUUAUCCUGUGUGUUCCUGACAACCUGGUUGAGUGGAGGGAUUGGUUAUAGUUUUGGGGUGUAUCUACCGAUCUUGAUGAAGGAGUUCGGUGAGAGUCGAGAAAGAGCAGCGCUCGUUGGAUCCCUGAAUUUCGCCGUCUUUCUCUGUCUAAUUGUCGUGUCAAGUCAUCUAUGUCACAAAUGCGGCUGCCAAGUCAUCUGCGCCAUCGGUCAUGCCUUGUCAGCGGCAGGAUUCGUCCUCAGUUCCCUCCCGCAUAGUAUAAUCCCUAUGUAUUUCAGUCACAGCCUCCUGAGUGCUUUCGGGAGCAGUUGUAUACAGGGCUCAGGUUUUCUUAUCAUUGGGAUGUAUUUCAAAAGGCGCCGCUCUCUCGCGGUCGGCAUUGUUGCAAGCGCGGUAGGAGUAGGAGCGAUCUGCUGGGGACCACUUACUCAGUACCUCCUUAAAAUAAUGGAAUGGAGGAACAUUUUCCGUCUGAUCGCUGGCCUUUUCGUUUUGAUGUCAUUCUUGACCUUAUUCUAUGACCCCAAUGUUGAAACGCCCACCAGUUCAACAGAAGAAAAACCUCAAGUCGCUAAUCGCGGGAAAAGAAUAUUGGAUGUAUUUGACACGUCGAUAUGGAGAGUUCCCUUGUAUACCAUCGCUGUAUUGUCCAAUAUGGUAGCUUGUUUUGGUCACCACACAGCGCAGAUACAUGUGAUAAAAUUUGCCAACGAAAUCGGUAUAGGCGCAUUACCGGCCGCUACACUUUUCGUCUUUUUCGGAGGAACUUCGGUAAUCACUCGGGUCAUCGCCGGGCGUCUUUGUGACGUAAGCUUCAUCAGACCAAACCACGUGAACCAAGCUGCAGAAAUAGUCAGCGGGAUCUCAACUAUUCUCCUUACACAAGCAGCUACGUACACGCACCUUGUCAUCUUCUCCAUCUUCUACGGAAUGGCCGACGGAACGUUUCGGACGACUUUGAAUAUUCUGUUUCUUGAUAGUGUGGGUGUUGAACGAAUGGCUUCUGCUUUUGGGCAGGCAAACAUGGCGAUAUCAGUCUUUGCUGGCGCUGGCCCUGCUGUAGCGGGUGCCAUCGCUGAUCAUUACGAUUCCUACAUUCCUGCCUUUUACAUAGCAGGGUCUAUCACGCUGCUAGGGUCUUUUAUCUAUUCUCUUCUCCUUUGUUGGAGAAGUAACGGGGAGACGAAUAGAAGAAUGAUAGCUGCCCCAAAUGACAAUGUACUUGAGAAAUCUCACACCAAUGGUGCCUGCGAUGUUCAAGACAAUGAACUAGUAUUCCAGAAAAGAGAAACGUGUUCUGUCCCAAAUAAAGAUGUGAUGGAGAAAUCUCACACUAAUAAUGCCAUUGAUGUUCAAGACACUCACUUGUAAAAAAUUUUUUCUUAAUUAAAAGUUCAAAUGUGAAA